AGAGUUUUCACUCAUCAUCAAUCUCUUCAUCAUUUGCCUAAUAACAUCAGAAAACAUUUCCUCAAGCUUAAUUUCAUGAGUCUCAUCAAAAGAGAAGGGUUCUUAUUAUUGUUGUUGAUGUCGUUGCUGAUGAGCCUUGCUUGCUUCGUUGUAUUUGCAACAGCAACAAGGGACUUGGCCAUGAAGGCAAAACAACACCAAGACCUAUCUAUCAGAAUCAGUAGGCUUCAAGGGAAGAAUAGUGAUGAUAACAAUGAAGAAGAGGCAGUGAAUUGCUGGGAUUCGCUAUUGGAGUUGAAAUCUUGUAGCAAUGAGAUUGUUCUGUUCUUCUUGAAUGGUGAGUCUCACCUUGGUCACGAAUGUUGCCAUGUAAUUUAUGUGUUUACACGUAAUUGUUGGCCUGCAUUGCUCACUUCUUUCGGUUUCACUGUUGAAGAAACUAAUAUCAUACGAGGCUAUUGUGAUGCUGCUGCUCCUUCUGAUCAUGAUAAAGCUCCUGCUUUCGCACCUCUUCCACCUGCAAAAUGUCCUAUAUAGAUAAAUAAAAUUUAUAUAAUAAAAAAUAUUUGAAAAUUUAUUGAUCUUUGUAUUUGCUACACUCUUAUAUAAACAUUUUAUCAUGGAUCUUAAUUCCAUGUAAAUUAAUAAUAUU